UCCUCCACCGAAUUGGGGGAGUGACAUUCCGCCAGAGUGACAUCGCGUCAUAAGUCUCUACUAGCCAAUCAUAAAGCUUAUAAGUACUUGUUCGACCAAUAAACGUAGGCUGAAUAACCCACAGUGGGUUAACCCAGAGCUAGUCGAACAUGCUAUUGGAUAAACAACAAGGAUAGAGUGACACGGUGGCGCUGAAUAGCGACAAUAGCGAGCUCCCCGAACGCACCUUGUAUCUGCUGUUUUUUAAUUUGACAGGCUUUUAAAUGUUCUAAUCCAUUAUAUCAAGAUGCAUUGUGGAAACUGUGUCAGACAUUUUCUCAGACAACAAAAAUAUACAAAUGCUUAUCGUCAUUAUAUAUAUCGUGCAAUGCACAAAACCUCUGUGCUUUUACAUGCUGCCACAAUUAAUACAAAUGCAACAGAAAGAACUUCUGUUGGCCAAACACCAAUUAAAAGUUUAAUUAAAGAUGGACCUUCAUUAAAAGAUUUUAUAGAACCAUCCAGCAUUGAUAUUCCCACUGAGGAACCUAUUCCAUAUGUGCAAGACAUUCGUGGAAACAAUCAAAAAGUGUACUUUGAAAUUUAUGGUUGCCAAAUGAAUAUAAAUGACACUGAGGUAAUAUGGUCGAUAUUGAAAGCUCAUGGCUAUCAACACACAAAGAAUAUGGAGGAUGCUAACAUUGUGUUGCUUAUUACCUGCUCCAUUAGGGAUAAUGCUGAGCAAAAGGUAUGGAACAAGCUGCAGUACUUAAACGCUAUAAGGAACAAGAAAUGGAGAAUGCUUGGUGUGCCUAUGAAGAUUGGUCUUCUAGGAUGUAUGGCUGAACGUUUGAAAACUAAGAUAUUAGAUAAAGGCAAGCUUGUAGAUGUGAUAGCAGGCCCUGACAGUUACAAGGAUCUACCAAGACUUCUGGCAAUAACGGAUAACGAAACAGCUGUUAAUGUUAUAUUGUCCUUUGAUGAAACAUACGCAGAUAUCACGCCAGUUAGACUCAAUCAGGAUUCUACUGAAGCAUAUGUUUCCAUAAUGAGAGGUUGCGACAACAUGUGCACCUACUGUAUUGUACCGUUCACGAGAGGAAGGGAGAGAUCCCGGCCGAUUGAGAGCAUACUCGACGAGGUGCGACAUUUGUCAGAUCAAGGUGUAAAAAGCGUCACUUUACUCGGACAGAAUGUGAACAGCUACAGAGAUUUGUCGCGCUCAGAUUUUGUCGUAUCCGCUGACACAGAGACUCAUCUCGCGAAGGGUUUCAAGACGGUUUACAAAAAUAAGAAGGGCGGCCUGAGGUUCUGUGAUCUCUUGGACAAGGUAUCCUUAAUCGAUCCGGAGAUGAGAAUUAGGUUCACGUCGCCACAUCCUAAGGAUUUCCCCGACGAGGUGUUGCACCUGAUCGCCGAGAGGCCAAACGUCUGCAAACAUAUUCACUUACCCGCUCAGAGCGGCAAUUCCGCGGUUUUGGAUAGAAUGCGACGGGGCUACACCAGGGAAGCGUAUCUGAAUCUGGUCCACAAUAUACGCGAAAUUCUUCCUGACGUGUAUCUUUCCAGUGAUUUUAUCGCUGGCUUUUGCGGCGAAACGGAGGAGGAGUUUCAAGACACGUUAUCGCUAAUAGAGCAAGUCAAAUACAAUUGUGCCUUUCUGUUCUCUUACAGUAUGCGUGAGAAAACUACGGCACAUCGACGGUACAAGGACGACGUUGAGCCGCAUGUGAAGGCGGAACGUGCGAUUCGUAUGGGGACGUUGUAUAGAAGAGAGGUGGAGAAAUUAAACAAGACACAGAUAGGACAGCAUCAGCUCGUGCUCGUGCAAGGUGCAAGCAGAAGAACCGAUCAGAACCUGCAAGGUAGGAACGAGGGUAACAUAAGAGUUUUACUACCAUCCGCGAUUAUACCGAUCAAUCGGCAUUCAGACUCUACGAGGGAGAUACAGACUGGCGAUUACGUCGUCGUGCGAAUCGACAAUGCCAAUUCACAAACCUUGCAGGCAACGGCCUCGAACGACAGUAUUCCACCACCCGCCGCCGUGACAGGAUUUCCACCAGCCACGCCAAAUCUCGCAUCUAGUUUUGUGCCACCCAUUAUGCCCGCGGCACCCUUCAUUCCCCCUCCUAGUUUACCGCCAGGCCCUCCGGGUAUAAUGCCGCCUCAGUUUUCCAUACCUCCGCCGGGUUUUACCUUCCCUAUCACCGCGGCACCUCCUCCAGAGGCUGGAGUUAUAGCCGCCGCAUCACCCCAGAUAACAGCCGGGUCGGGAAUACCUCCACCUUCGCCCAACAACAGCAACGAGGCCACUACGACGAUGUCCACGGCGGAGAAGAAGACCGACUGGUCGGAGCACAAGGCACCGGAUGGCAGAACGUAUUACUACAACAGCGUGACGAAGCAAUCGCUGUGGGAGAAGCCGGACGAGCUGAAAACCCAGAGUGAAUUGUUGCUGUCGCAAUGUCCAUGGAAAGAGUACAAGCUGGAGAACGGCAAGGUGUAUUAUCACAACGUAACCAGCAAAGAGUCCAGGUGGACGAUCCCGCCAGAAUUGGAAGAGUUGAAGGCUCGGAUUUUGGCUGAGGAAGCCGCCGCGGCCGCUGCGGCGGUCGUGGCAAAUGCCACAAAUUCUAAUAUGGUACCUACUGGAAUUCAACAUUUAUCUCCGAACAUCUCGACGAUAUCACAGACCAGUACUCCUGAGCCGGGUGCAAAGUCCGCGAUCGAACAAGCGAUGGCAGCCACGCUUGCUGCCAUCAAUAUCCCGACGCCGCCUGCGAAACCAGACGAAGACAGCAACUCCGCGAAAGGCUCGGCCAACGACAGUCGCACCAGCACGCCUGAACCAAAGAUGCAGUUUAAAGACAAGAAAGAGGCGGUCGAAGCGUUCAAGGAACUGUUAAGGGAACGAGACGUACCGUCAAACGCUACGUGGGAGCAAGCGGUUAAAUUGAUUCAGAACGACCCCAGGUAUCCACAGAUGAAGAAGUUGAACGAGCGUAAGCAGGCGUUCAACUCGUACAAGACGCAGAAACUGAAGGAAGAGCGCGAACAAGAGAGACUCAGAUUGAAGAAAGCUAAGGAGGACUUGGAGCAAUUCUUGUUAGAGAACGACAAAAUGAUGAGCACAACUAAAUAUUACAAAUGCGAAGAAUUAUUUGGUACCUUGGAGGUUUGGCGAUCGGUCGGCGACUCAGAUCGCCGAGACAUCUACGAGGACGUGAUUUUUAAUCUGGCGAAACGCGAGAAGGAGGAGGCGAAGCAGCUGAAGAAGAGAAAUACCAAGAGGUUAGCGCAAGUCUUAGACACUAUGACCGAAGUGACUUAUCGCACUACAUGGCAAGAGGCGCAGUCGUUGUUGCUGCAGCAUUCCGCGUUCGCAGAAGAUGCAGACCUGUUAGAAAUGGAUAAGGAAGACGCGUUACUUGUAUUCGAGAACCACAUUCGCCAGUUGGAGAAGGACGAGGAAGAGGAAAGGGAGCGAGAGAAAAAACGUAGAAAACGGCAAGAGAGAAAAAACCGGGACGCCUUCAUAUAUUUACUUGACGAGCUUCAUGAGCAGGGCAAACUUACAUCAAUGUCGCUAUGGGUGGAAUUGUAUCCUAUGCUGUCAGCCGAUCUUCGGUUCUCUGCAAUGCUUGGCCAAUCAGGUUCCACCCCUUUGGAUCUCUUCAAAUUCUACGUGGAAGAUUUAAAAUCGCGCUUUCACGACGAGAAGAAGAUUAUCCGCGAAAUACUCAAGGACAAAAACUUCGAGGUGCAAGUAAACACAACUUUCGAGGAAUUCGCCACAGUUGUAUGCGAAGAUCGAAAGUCUGCCACUUUGGAUGCGGGUAACGUGAAGCUCACUUAUAAUUUGCUGCUCGAGAAGGCAGAGGCACGCGAAAAAGAACGUGUGAAGGAGGAGACGAGAAAGUUCAAGAAAUUGGAGACCGGUUUCAGGAACUUGUUGAAAACGCUCAACGUAGACUACCAAAUGACGUGGGAUGAAGUGAGAGCUAAAAUCGAGGAGGAACAAGACUUUAAGGCGAUUACCUUGGAGAGCGAACGGAUACGAAUAUUCAAGGAAUACCAGCACGAGCUCGAGGAGAGUUGUAGUCAUCACCACAUCAGAAGCAAGAAAAAGAAGACGAAGAAAAUGAAGCGCAAAUCGCGAUCACGAUCGCACAGUGACUCCGAAGGCAGCGAGAAAGGUUUAAAAAAGAAACGGCACAAGUCGCACUCUCCUAGCAUUCCUAGCAAGUCUGACAGUUCCGAAUCAGAGACGAGGAAAUCUAAGAGGAAAAAGAACAAGAAGAAGCGAGGUCGCAGUCAUUCCCGCUCGCAUUCGAGGCUUCCGUCUUCCGAGGAGUCGCCGGAGAGGAAGCGAAAGGAAGACAAACAUAGACGGCCAUCGAUUCACAGUGAGGGAUCCAUCACAGAGAACAACGAGCACCACGAGCUCUCUGAGGGCGAAUUGGAGAAGCAACGGGCGCAGUUGUUGCGCGAAUUACAAAUGCAGCAGGAAGAAAAUUAGGGUAUUUCUUCAUCGGUUCCUUCCAAAUUGUGUCUCGCAUGACUUCAUAUCGAAGAGAACUCAGCUUCUCCCUAAUUGGCGAAGCAAUCGACGAUGUGUAUGUGCGUGUAUUACACCGCAGCGAAUUCAAAGGAAGACUGGUUGGAAUUAGUUUGGAACGUGUAUGUUUACGACGAUCCGAGUGUGUUAGAGUCGUGCUUUUUUCAGAAUCUUAAACUUUAAGUGUAUCAUAUAUAUAUAUAUAUAUAUAUACACACACACAUAAAUAUACAUAUACAUAUGUAUGUGUGUGUGUGUGUGUACGCACAUAACAGUAAUACGACGCUGCGUAAAAAUAGAUCCACCUUUUACAUAAUGCAUCCCAGGCAUUACGUUAGACGCGAAGAUAAGCUUUACUGAGAAACAUCGACAAUAGCAUCUCCCUUUUCUUCCUCCUACUGUGACUCGUUCGCACUGCGUUCGUUGCGAAUUAGCAGUGACAAGGCAUAACGAAUAUGAAACGUACAUAAUACUUCAAAUCGCGUUGACAAGCGUACUUGGCAGGAAAUACAAUGACUGGAACUUACUCGACGGUGGCGGCCGUCGAUAAAUCGAUUUUUUCGACUUGCGCUUCGCUGCUUUGAAACUGAUCUUGCGAAAAAUCACGCGGUCGUUAAAAUCGUCAAUCAUUGAAACAAUACGACUUGAAUACGCUUCGACGACAUGCGUUUAUACGACGUGCUGUGCACCUGAAAACUAAUUAUAUUUUAAUGCUGGUAAUUAUGUUGUAAUAUGGCUUUAUUUCUCUUCACUCUAUUUCGUAAAGUAUAUAUAUUUGACCGCACACGAUGUAUCUCCAUUGCGAUCUGUAAACUUGUAUUAAUGGUCGUUAUUCGAAGCAUGUCUCACGUGAGAUACUUAGAUCAGAAAAAUUUGAUUUUUUGCCGUUGAAUCAUAUGGUAUGCGUGACGUUAUCGCGAUGCCACUGAAAAGCACAUCUAAUUUUAAACUCAAAUUUAAGACCAAUAUUAAUAGUUGUCAUCUAAAACUUAUCUUAUGUUAGAUACACAGAUUUUUAUUCAAAGUUAAUCCCAGUUCUUCAAUGAAAUUAUAUCUAUGGUUGCAAUUCAACUGAAAAACUCAUCUGAUUUUCAAGUCUACGUAUGCUGAAACAAGUUUCAAAUAGUAGCUAUUAAUACAAAUCUAAUUACUUGAGACAAAUUUCCAGGAACCAUUAUUAAUAAUGGUGACUUCCGACAGUCAGAGAAGCAAAAGACAGCGUUAAGUAAUUAUAUAAUACCGCCUUAUUAUUUUUCCUAUGCUUCUCUUCGACUUCAUGUGGUACGUAUUUCAUGUCAUGUGUUUUCUCAUUCAUAUUUUUAUUUAUAUUCUGAUCCUACUAAAAAAAAAAUAAGGCGGCAUAGUGUCGUGAUUUUCCCCAAUUCCCAAUCAAUGAUUUUUCCCAAUUUCGGUUUCUGCUAAAACUGUCGAAAGAUGCUGUGUAUAUCCGUUGUAUGUGCACAAUGUAUGUUGUAUGUGUCGUGUACGUAUAUUGAGAAAUAUCGAGUCGGUAGAAUGAGCUCUUGAUUGCGUAACAUCCCUGUUACAAUCAAUCGUGCAUUCGCCCGACCGUCAUGUUUGACAUUUAGGCACGAUUGUCUGAUCACAACAGUGUAUUUGGUCGGUGGCAUCAGCACGGCGCAUUUCGAGUUGGCUUACGAGUGAGUUUCUUCAUAAGGAGAAAAGAAUCAAAUCCACUUAGGUCGCUCUCCAGAGAGAAUAAUUGACGAUGACAAUCGACGACUAUCAAUCGCGGAGUUCAGAAAAGACCAAGUCUUCUUCUCAUCCGGUUCGUACGAAACUUCGCACGUCGUGCGAAGAAUCGUAAACACAAACGUACGAAUGCGUCGUGUGAGAGGACAAUAUAUACAUUCAUGCCGCCCAACUCAGCGUCAUUGAUUUCGAUUAAAUCUAAUCCGACUUUGCACGGUCGUAAUGGACGCCGCAAAGCGGGGGUGUCGAUACGUUUAAUUCGGUCCUGUUACCGGCCAAAUUGUUUCUAGCGGUCUGGAAAAAGCACACUUCCGACACGUAGAAGUAAGUCGUACAUAAGCUGGGACGGAGAGUGGAAUUUUUUUUAAGGAAUGCAUUUUGAAAUAAUAAAUUUGUAUAUCGAUGAGAA